AUGGCUUUGGCAAAGGGCCUGAGGCCCAUGCAGGUUGGGGCUGUAAUUUUGGCGGUGCGAAUCUUAUCAGUGUUCGUAGUGCAAACCUGGUAUGUGCCGGAUGAGUAUUGGCAGACCUUAGAAGUGGCACACAAAUAUGCCUUCGGCUAUGGAGCUCUAACUUGGGAGUGGCAAAAGGGGAUACGAAGUUAUUUGUACCCUAGUGUAAUCGCAUUACUUUACUCCGUGUUGAAAUUCACUGGACUUGAUUAUCCAAAUGUUGUGAUAAUUCUACCUCGUAUUCUGCAAGCAAUCAUUAGUUCUAUAGCCGACUACAGGUUCUACAAAUGGACUGGAGGUCGGAAAUGGGCAUUGUUUUUGAUACUUACAUCCUGGUUUUGGUUCUACACUGCCAGUCGAACACUGUUACAGACAUUAGAAACAGCUUUUGUGGCCAUAGCCCUAUCUGUAUUUCCAUUCAAAACUGGAAAGCUUGGAUAUUAUGAGAAAGAAAGUUCAACAUGGUUAUGGCUGGCGUGUAUCUCUGUCUUUGUACGGCCGACCUCAGCUCCACUAUGGAUUGUUCUUGGUAUUUACAAUCUGGUAACAACCAACCAAGGAAGGAUGGAGUUAUUCUUAAAGACCUAUUUACCUAUCGCUUUAACAUCUGGUGUUUUGCUGGUCAGCCUUGAUUCUUAUUUGUAUGGCCGUCUCAUUAUUACUCCGUGGGAGUUCUUCAAGUUUAACGUCCUCAGUGGUGUAGCUUCAUUCUACGGAGAGCAUCCAUGGCAUUGGUAUAUAAGUCAAGGAUUGCCAGCGAUACUUGGUAUAAAUGUGUUGCCAGUUGUGUGGGCUUUGUAUAAAAUAAUUUCCCGCCCAAGUGAAAAUAAGAUUGGGUUAUUGUUGAUUAUUGCUGCUGGCUUACAUGUUUUAUUACACAGUUUCAUCCCUCACAAAGAGUUUCGAUUUGUCCUACCUCUACUACCAAUACUGCUGUAUUUGGCCCAAGACGUUAUUGUACCGUGGAGUAGAAAAGCCAAAAAGUGGCAAUUAUAUGGAGUGACAUUACUCAUGUUAGUGGGUAAUUUACUGCCGAGCUUGUAUUUUGGUGUUAUUCAUCAAGCGGGAACAUUGGCUGUGAUGCCAGUGUUGAGAGAAUCACUAACAGAGAAUCGUUCGGCUGUACUAUUCAUGAUGCCAUGUCAUUCAACACCUUUAUACAGUCACUUGCAUCGUAACGUAUCAACACGUACUUUGGAUUGUUCCCCGCCACCUGAAGGUAGGACGUGUGAAUCGGACGCUUUCUUCAUGAAUCCUAAUCGUUGGUGGAGCGUGGAGUACGCACACAAACAAACACCGAGUCACAUAGUGUUAUACGACGUACUAAGAGGCAGAGUUGACUCACUGUUACAGGGUUACGACUUAAUACAACGGAUAAAUCAUACUCAGUUCCCACAAGGAGAAGUCGGAGAAAAGGUGUUACUUUACAAGAAGAGGACUCAGAAAAUACAAGCGGACGAAAUAAUAUAUUGA